UCAAACUGAAAGUAGAAAAUGCACUGUCAGUGUCAGAGUGACUCUCGCUCAAUUGCCUAAUUCACUCGAUUUAUCGAUUGAAAAUGGCAUCUUACUUCGAUGAACACGACUGUGAACCUCUUCGUGAUGGAGAACAACCAGAUCACUUGUUACAUAUGGCCAGACUGCUGCUUGAUAGUGGAUUAGCUGCUGAAUGGGACCUUGAAUAUGGAAGAGUGUUUGGAGAUGGCAAGGUCCCACCAGCAUCUAAAAAGGUUGUGGAGGAGUUGCCAACACGUAUCGUCACCCCAUCAGAGGCAGCCGAGGAGAAAAAGUGUCCGGUGUGUAUCGGGUUGUUUGAUGAGGAGGAUGAGGUCAAGGAGCUGCCGUGCGGCCACCGCUUCCACUCCCCCUGUAUUCUCCCCUGGCUUCAAAAGGUGAAUUCUUGUCCUCUGUGUCGACAUGAGCUGCCGACAGACGAUCCAGACUACGAGAACUUCAAAAAACAGAAGGCACGUGCAAAACAGCGGGAAUUUGAGCUAGACAAUCUUCACAACUCCAUGUUUGGAUGAGGAACAUACAUGCACAUAUACAUACAUUAUAUACAUACACUUUAUAGUUAUAAAUAAAUUUCUCAGGUUACUACCUGUACAACUGUGACAUAUAACGCUUGUACCGUGGAUGCAUAGAUAUUACAGUACUCGCAAUGUUCACCCGCCCGUCUUUACUGGAAUACAUUAAUACAUUUUUUUAGCGUUUAUUUUGUCCGUUUAAUCGGAUUUGAAUCAAACUGUACUGAAUUGUAAAGCAGUAUUUGAAGAUGGUUCCUAUAUGGCAGUCAAGCUGUCAUGUCAACUGUCUACGUCAUCCUUGUGGCCAAUGAAAGCUGAUACCGGUUUCAGAGUACUAACUUGUUCACUAUGUACAAGUCAAAAUUAAACACUUGUCUCAG